ACUCACACAUCUGGAAAGGGUUGAAAAGAGAAGCGGGUAAGUCUUCCCAGAUGGAAAAAUACAUGAAGUCAAAAGGUUCCAAAUCAGGAAAGAAGACAAACUAAUUGGCCGAAAGGAGCUGACCAGAGAACAGCAUAGAGAAGAACACCAAAAGAGGAUCUGCAAAGGAAAAGGAAUAAAGCAAGUCCGGGAAUACAAAGUGGAGCCAAACAACAGAACUGAAACAUUGCUUCAGGAUGUCAGUAUCUUGCCGAUGUUUGUGCUGCGUCAAAUAUGUGAUGUUUGUGUUUAACCUCAUCUUCUGGUUGGGAGGAUGUGGAUUAUUUGGCGUUGGAGUGUGGCUGUCCUUCACGCAGGCAGAGUUUUCCUCUCUUCCUCUUUCCUUCCCAUCCCUCUCAGCGGCCAAUCUGCUGCUGGUGGCUGGCGGGAUUACCAUGGUAACGGGUUUCCUGGGCUGUCUCGGAGCCCUAAAGGAGCAGCGCUGCCUGUUGUGCAUGUUCUUUGUGAUCCUUCUGCUCCUUGUCUUGACUGAAGUUGCUCUUGUUCUGGUCAUACACAUCUUUCGUGAUCAGCUGGAUUCCAAAGCUCAAAACGAAUUAAAGGAGGGGAUGAAGAGUUAUGAAUCAGAAACUGGGCUGAAAAAAUCCUGGGAUAAUGUCCAAAAGAUGUUCAAAUGUUGUGGCGUUACCAACAAAACCGACUGGUAUGAUGUACUCAAUGGAACGCUGCCAUCGUCCUGCUGCUCUGUCGGGACUGACCAAUGUACCGAUGGAUGGAGUGAGCCUUGUUACCAGAAGGCCCGGCAGUGGUUGCUAGAUAACAUUCCAUCAGUGCUGGUGUUUGGUGUGUGCAUCGGCGUUGUGCAGAUCUUGGCCCUGGUGUUCUCCAUGCUGAUGUACUGCCAAAUCGUGUGUGCUGACAAGUACUUGGACUGACUGCCAACCUUCAGCAGGGGUGCAGCUCUCAAACGCCAAUAUAUCAUGACUGACUCAAGCGGGUCCUAUGGCAUUUGACCAUUUAUGAGUUCUAUAACGCGUUCUGCAAACCUGCUGAUGAAAAACCUGACUAAAACCUUGCACUCCCAAAACUCAUGUGGACACCACCUGAAUAAUUUGGACCCGUAACUGGUGCGAGUUAGAAGCAAAAGAAAAGGCCCUCAAAAUGCGACCCACACUACAAUUGUGAUGGUGGCAGACACAAAAGGCGGUCAUUGUUAGUGGCUUUCCCAAGUUCCUGUGUAGCAGACAUUGUGUGCAUAUUCUGCACAUCAAUAAUGAUUUCUAUUGGAAAUAAUUUUAGAGGACUCAAUUACCGGUCGUAUCAGGACCACUCAAUAAAACCAUGAUAUUCCUGAACCCGUCUAAGUUGACACCCUUCAGACUGGUUGACUGAUGUCGACAUAAGAGGGUGUCGAGAUAACAGAAAAAAAAACCUAGCCAUUUCUUGCACAUUUGCACACUUUAACCAGAUACAGUUCAUAAGGAGAAUGGAUGAUAAUGAAGGAUUAUUGAACCUAUGCCGUUUGGUGACAUGGUUUUCCGCCGUUUGCGCAUAUUUUUAUUUACAUUGUUCUGAUUUCAUAUGAUAUUUUUAUACUUUUGUCUAAGAGUGUAUGAGAUGUAUGUCUUGACUGCAACAAUAAAGAUUUCGUACAUUCACAUUUGUUUCGGUGGCUAACAAUCUAAUUAAAAUAAAAUAAAUAAAUAGGUGCAUUUAGGGCGGCACGGCGGUCUAGUGGUUAGCACGCAGACCUCACAGCUAGGAGACCAGGGUUCAAUUGCACCCUCGGCCAUCUCUGUGUGGAGUUUUCAUGUUCUCCCCGUGCAUGCGUGGGUUUUCUCCGGGUACUCCGGUUUCCUCCCACAUUCCAAAAACAUGCUAGGUUAAUUGGCCACUCCAAAUUGUCCAUAGGUAUGAAUGUGAGUGUGAAUGGUUGUUUGUCUAUAUGUGCCCUGUGAUUGGCUGGCGACCAGUCCAGGGUGUACCCCGUCUCUCGCCCAAAGACAGCUGGGAUAGGCUCCAGCACCCUCCUCGUGAGGAAAAGCGGUAGAAAAUGAAUGAAGGUGCAUUUAGUCUCCAGCACACCCUGGUGGAUAUAAGCGGCAUAGAAAACAGACGGCUGGAUGCGUGCAUUUUUUAAAUUGCUGUGGUAGAAUCCAGGUUCAUACUGAGGCUUUUAUUUUUGAAGUUACUAUGCACUAAACAGGAAGUCACUGUAUGCACGUGCAGCUAAACAGUAGUUAUGGCGCUGUUAAGAUAAGAUAUGCAAUUGUGGUCUCACCACUGCUCAGUGAUAAUGAACACACACGAUACCACAUCAACGGACCUAUUUUUCACUGAAAUAUGAUACCUUUGGUCCAAUUUCAUGUCGACAGACGGUUUAUCGACGCAAAUAGUCUUGAAUUAUUAAUAUUGAAAUAUUGUAGAAAACUAUUGUAGAAGACUAUUGUAAGAAAGCAGUGAUAAUUUUGGGUUGUUUUAUGGUUUGCUCCCAUAAUGUCGAAUAGAAUGAUCUACUUUUAAGGUGCCGUGGUAAGUACAGUACAAAAUCCAUGUAAAGUAUUUGUUAUAUGAAAUAAUGCAUCCGGUUAAUCCGUUACUUCCGUGUCAGAGUUGAUGACGUCAUUGGUGCUCAGCGUUCGGUUCAAAAAUGGGUAAUUCCUGUGGACACAUCACAAAUCACAGCACAGAAAAACCAUGUUUAGUAUCAUCUGUCAACUCUACGAAUGUACAGUACUGCCUAAUGUGUAAAACAUCUUUGCCAUAAAUGACUUUUCACUCUUUGACCUUUAAACCGAAAUGUUGGUAAGUGUGGAGUCUCUGAUGGGUGUGUCACCUGGGGGUGGUCACACUAUGGCUGUUGUUGUGGUUGUUCCUGCAUGAAAUAGGUCAUUUGAUGAUAUGGUAACGGAUGUCCCUUCUUUGUUAGAUGUCCCUUGAAGACAACAAUAAUCAAAUUCUGGAUAGGGUGCACCGCUAGUAGCAAUGUCUUAACAUCUCUCUCCAAAGAUUGUCUCAUUCCACAGAAAACGUGGAGCUGUUAUGCCACCAGAAAAUAAUAAGUGCACAAAAAUACAGUAGCUACUGAAGAACUAACGAGUAGUGGUUCGGGUUAGGUGGGUUCACUCAUUUUAAAACCUGUCCAGUCAAACAAAGCAGAUGGAAUUUUUUUUUGUUUUGUUUUUGCUGCCACUUUUUGUGCCCAUGUUCUUGGAGAUGAUUGUUUUUUAAGCUGUAAAUAAAUAUAGUGUAUACGUAACAAUGAUGCUUUCUCUCCUGUCACCUUCUGUUUUGCAACAUGUUAAUUAUAAAUACAAAUAAAA